ACGAUGGCCAUAGUCAAGGCUAAGGAACUUCGUGGCAAGAAGAAGGAAGAGCUUCUGAAACAGCUCGAAGAGCUAAAAAAUGAACUGCAGACCCCUCGUGUUGCCAAAGUAAUUGGUGGAGCUGCAGCUAAAUCAGCUAAGAUCUGCACUGUGCGCAAAUCAGUUGCUCGUGUCCUCACUGUCAUCAAACAGACACAUAAGGAUAACCUACGUAAAUUCUACCAGAAGGAUAACCUAGGUAAAAUCUACCGUAUGAAGGCUCACAAACCCAAGGACCUGAGACAAAAGAAGACCAGGGCAAUGAGACGUGCACUCACAACUUAUGAACUCACCUGCAAGAGUAAAAAGGAAUUACGAAAACAGGGUCUUUAUCCAAUUAGUAGAUUCAAUGUGCGUGCUUCAUUAUUCAGGAUGCUUUAUUUAAUAAAAAUAAAGAGAGGAGAUUUCUUUUUGUACAAAACUAUUUUAAUUAGCUUUAUCAUCAACCUUAUUCGACUCUUUAAAGAUGAUCAUACAACCAUGGAAGUGGUUUCAAGGAAAAACUGGGAUUCAUUCAACACAAAGGAGCCUAGAAAAAAGAACUGUGUAAAGGUGGCUAAAAAUACAGAUGUUCUUCGUGUUCUUGAAGCCGUAGGAGAGAAUAAAGAUUUCUUAUAA